UGCUCCUUCAGCCUCUUCAUCGGCGCGCAGAGCUGCGAAGAUGGCGGCCGGUUCAGGCGCUGCGAGCGGCCACGGAGCCCGCAGCUCCAACGCUGCGCUGGAAGCCACUUUGGACCGGCGGUUUCAGGGAGUAUCCAACACCAUGGAGUCGAUCCAGGGACUUUCGAGCUGGUGCAUCGAGAACAAGAAGCAGCACGGCCUGAUCGUGCGCUACUGGAUGAAGUGGCUCAAGAAGUCUGACAACAACCACCGUCUGAAUCUCUUCUACCUGGCCAACGACGUGAUACAGAACUGCAAGAGGAAGAACGCCAUCGUCUUCCGUUCAGCCUUUGCAGAGGUGCUCCCCAACGCCGUCCAGCUCAUCAAGGACGGAAAGGUUCGCAAGUCGGUGGAGAGGAUCUUCUCAAUUUGGGAGGAGAGGAGCGUCUAUCCCGAAGAAGUGAUCGCUCAGUUCAAAGCCAACUUGAACAAGAAGGAGAAGGAGCGAGAGAAGGAGAAGGAGAGGGAGAAGGAGAAGGAGAAGGAGAGGGAGAGGGAGAGGGAGCGGGAGAAGGAAAAGGAAAAGGAGAGGGAGAAGGAGAAGGAAAAGGAGAAGGAAAAGGAGAAGGAGAUUCCACCUGCAAAUGCAGCUCCAGCUAACUCCAAAGCUGCCCUGAAGUCCAAGAUCGUGGCUGAGUUCACACCUCAGUCCCUCAUCGAGCAGCUGUCCCGGUACCGGCGAGCCGUGGCUGAGGAGGAGUUCAGGGAGAAGCAGCUGGCGGCGCUGAGGGUGGACGUCUGCAGCACCGAGGCCCUCAAGAGACUCAAAGACAAAGCAGGAGGGAACAAGUUCGCCAAGGACUUCGAGGACGGCAGUCUGAAGCUGCAGGAGUUUGUGGGCUUCCUGGAGAAGGAGCUGAAGACGGGGCCGCCUCUGCUGGAAGCUCUGGGAAACGCAGACAUUUUCUACGAAAUGCAGUACAAGGAGGUCAAGAUCGUGGCCAACGCGUACAAUGCCUUUGCCAACCGGGUGGCCAGUCUUAAAAGGAAGCUGGACUCCCUGAAGUCGACUCUGCCUGGCCCUGAGGACUCCCCCAUCCCCUCGCCGUCUGAAGAUGCCCCCUCACCCACCGGCUCGGAGUCGCCCUUCCUGGGGAUGGGAGGCAGCAGAGCCCAGGUGGACCCAGAGCUGGACGGGAAGGCCAUGGAUGAGGCAGAGCUGCAGAGCGACAACAGAGACAUGGAGGACAUGGACAUGUCCGACGAGGAGGCGGACGCCGCUGCAGCAGGAGAUGACAAGAAAGAGAAGCUGCCUGCUGCUGCUUCCAAGACGGCCAAGUCAGACGUGGCGUCAAAGCUUCCGAACACGCCCACGAAAGCGUCCAAGACGAACGCCUCGGCUGCUGCCGCUGCUGCUUCCACCACCACAGGGACCCCGACGGCUGCAGCUGCUGCAGGAGCUCCAGCCGUCCCGCUGGGGGUCAACCUGGCCAAGGUGGACCUGGGAAAGAUCAGCUCCAUCCUCAGCUCGCUCACGUCGGCCAUGAAGAACACAGCGAGUCCGUCACCGCGACCGUCUCCAGGGACGCCCACCACACCGUCUGGCCAAUCAGCAGCCUCCAAAGCCACGCCUCCAAGCCCCGCCCUCGCCAGCAUCCUGUCACGGGUCGACAUCACGCCUGAAGGGAUCCUCAACGCUCUGUCCAAGACCAACACACCAGGUCUGUCCUCCCUCUUACAGAGCGUGACCAACACCUCCUCUGCUCCUCCCACCAGAACCUCCCCAGAGUCCGCUACCGUCAAAGCCCCGCAAACCCCCACCACCCCGAAAACCAAGCCCGUCUUGGGGAACAGCCUCAAACGAGACGCCCCUGGAAGAGCCAGAGACUGGGAGAAGGAGAGGCAGCUGUCUCCUCCUCCUCCUCCUCCACCUCCUCGUCCCUCAGCUCCCUCCGUCUCCCCGCCCAGCCUGGAGUCCAAGAUCAACAGCUUCCUGCAGGGCAACCCGGGCUUCAGCAUGGCUCUGGGCGACGUCAGCCCGGACGGCGUCGACGGGACGCCGGUGAGGGACGAAGCAGCCGGGACGCCGACCCAGGACGAGAUCAUGGACACGCCCGGGAGCGUGCCCGAGUCCCUGGGCUCAUCCGGAGGCCACAACCUGUCGCCCACCGCCUACCGGAGCGAGCCCUGGGACGCCGUGAUCACGCCGUCGGGCAGCAACAGCGACGGAGACUUUCUGGGCUCGUCGCGGUAUGGAGCUGGCAAAAAGAGCGGCGCCAAGCUGAAGGACGACGACGGCGUGAACGGCAGGAAGCGGGUCUUGUCCUCGCCUGGCGCCGACAUGAAGGGUAAGAAAGACGAGCCGCCGUCCAGGAUGAGAGCGAUGGCAGAGCGCAGACACUCGGCUGGCUCCCGCAAGGCCAGCACCGGCGCCGAGGACGGCGGGAAGAGAGAGGCCAAAGGCGAGGAGUUGACCGGCGACAGGAAGGAGGGCCCGUACCACCGCAUUGAGACUCUGGUGUCACCCUGCGCCGAGGGGGCGCCCAUCCAGACUCUGGGCUACUCCAACCGGCCGCUGGCCGGAGAGCGCAUCAAGACGGUGGAGAGCAUCCGCGUGAUUGGCCGUGGCUCUCGGCGAGGGGGCGGGGCCGGUGGGCGGCCCGGGGGGGCCUUGUGCCGCUCCCUCGCUCAGCCUCCCGCCAGUCCUCCAGCCGGCCAGCAGCCCCGCGGCCAGACCUCCAACCCCGUGCCCCUCCUCAACCUGCCCACCUCCAGGCCCCCGAUGCUCUCCGGUCCGCAGAGACCCCUGCUGCGAGGACGGACCCCCUCCCAGCAGCAAGACCACCCCAUGGGCGGGUUUCGUGGGGGGAAGCGGGCCGGGCCUCCGUUCGCAGGCGGUCCCUUCCACGCUCAGAAGAGGCCUUUCCUCCCACCGCGCUACUGA